UGUCAACAAACAAUAUGGCGACUUAACUAAACUCUACUCGACGUUACAAAUGGAGGGUGAAAGCUUCUAUCGGUGUUAAAGAAGAUCCUCAGAGCUGCUGCAGGCUGAACGCUGAGCUUCGGUGACGUCAUGGUGCUGAAGGUCUUCUUCCCGCAGUGCUGUAACCGGGCGGACAGCGGCCUGCUGGUCGGCCGCUGGAUCUCCGGCCAUGACUCAGCCGUGGUGCUGGCGGUCAUCCACUACCCGUUCAUCCCGGGACAGGUCAAACAGUACGUCCAGCAGAUGAAGGCUCAGAGUGGGGGGGAGCUGUCGGUGCUGGGCUCCUGGAGUUUACCCAAAGACGGUCAGGAGGGCAUGGAGAGCUUCCUCAGAGACCUCAGCACCAUCUUCCCCCAGGAGCGCUGGCUCCAGAUCAACCGCGAGUUGGGCAAGACGGGCUUCACCUGCCAGGUCCUCCGCCGGGACCAGAAUGGAAAAGUAAUUCAGCGGGAAAUGAAAAAGAAGGUUGAGGGAGGUGAUGAAGAAGAGCAGGAGGAGCAGGAGGAGGAGGAGAAGGUGAUCUUCGUCCACUACGAGCAGAAGAAGGUGAUGUUCUCACAGCUUCACCCCGUCGAGAACGGAGUUCCUGACCCCAAAACGGAUCCACCGUCUGAGCUGAGACAGAUGUUCCAGUCGGUGGCCGGCAGUGCUCCUCUGUUCUUCCUGGACCGGUACGAUGACGGUCCUCUGAAGUCGACUCACUGGCAGUCUGACGGCCGAGAGGCGAGCAUCCUCGUGGAGCUGCUGAAACAGGCCUCGGUGCCGCUCUGCAUGCUCCUCAGCUGGCUGCUCUCCAUCUGGACCUGGCUCAGUAACGCCCGGAUCUUCAGCCUCUUCCCGCUGCGCUUCCUGUCCUCUAAGCUGUCCACAUGUGUGCAGCUCAGCUACAGAACCGAACACAUGAGGACGCUGAGCUCAGCGAAACCGGCCGCUGGACACACGCACUUCAUCAGGAAAGCGAACAUGGUGGCGUCGUUCCUGGUGGACGUGUCUCUCGGCAUGUUGCUCAUGUGGUGGCUCUACAGAGACGACCACAUCUCCAUGUUGGCCAACACUCUGGUUCCUGCAGCUGAUCAUGUGGCUAAAGAGCUGGAGGAGCUGCUGCAGUGGCUGAUGGGAGCUCCUGCUGGGCUGAAGAUGAACCGGGCCCUGGACCAGGUCCUGGGUCGCUUCUUCCUCUAUCACAUUCACCUGUGGAUCAGCUACAUCCACCUGAUGUCCCCCUUCAUCGAGGGGAUCCUGUGGUACGGAGGCCUGUCGGCCUGCUUCGGCCUGACCUUUGCCCUCUCGCUGCUCUCUGACAUGGUCGCCCUGCUCACCUUCCACAUCUACUGCUUCUACGUCUACGGAGCGAGGUGAGACUAGUUUAUGUUCCAGAGGCCGUGUGGUAAGUACACGAGGACCACGUUCGUCAUCCUUCUUAGUUUUUGGGUGAAGAAGUAUUGUUCCGGUAGAUUUAACUUCUCUGAAGACUCUCCUGAUGGGGUCAGAGGUUUGGGAAGUUUUAGAAGUGCGUAACUUUAUAUUUGGUCCUGAACGUUUCGAGUAGAGCAGACAGAAUCGGUCCUGUGGUGUAAACACGCUCUGCUCACUCGCAAAAAUCAUCCCAAAUGACCCACACACUGAGCGUCAUGUUUUGUGCACGAGAGGAAAUGAUCGCAGCUUGACUGUUUUUAUACGAAUGAUAAUCUUUUCUUUCUGUUCAGUCUGAUUCACACUUUGCUCUGAUGAAGUGACGUCUACGAUGCUUCUGCAGCUUCAUACUUUGUUUUGUGUGAACAGAGUACUAGAUGUACUGCACUGUACUGUAGUAGGUUCUGCAGUUAAUAACACAAUGCUGCAUUUACUCCGUCAGGUGUCGCUGCAAAUUCACCUUAACAAUAGAAUAACGUGUCAUUAUGAAGUAAAUGUUGCACAAACCUGACAUCUGCAUCAGUAAAGAUACUACACUAUAUUUAUACGGGAGUCUCCAUAAUAUAAUAAUACAUGUAUGUCGUUCACCAAGCCUUUCAAAGAAAAAAAGAGUAAGUUAAGAUAAAGUUCUUGUUUUCCACACACUGCAGUCUGGUCGCUGUGCAAAACUAAAAGAAGGAACAUGAAGAGGAGAGAACAUGUAGCUCAAUGAUAGAGUACAAGUAGUGUAAACAAAUGUAAACAAAGUGCAAUAAACUACAGCAAGAGACGUGUUAUGUUCUUAUUAUUUCACUAUACUUAAUUUACUUACUGAAAAAAGUGUUUUUUACUGAGACUUAACUGGAUUCAUGUGAGAUGUUCCUUUAACUCCCCUGCAGGGGGCGCAUGUUCACUCGCUCUCUCUUCCUCUGUCGCUCUCGUUGAGACGUUUCUUCUUGACCUGUACGUCAGAGUCUCGGUUUGUCCUUUCUGAAGGACAUCGUGGGGGUUGGUGGACGUGAGGAAUCAAAAGGAUCGGUACAGUUCCUUCAUCUAUAGCAGAGUGAACAGUAUAUAGUUUACCACUAUUUAUUUAAUUUAUUGAUAUAUUUGAACAUAUUAAAAGACAGAAAGAACUUAAGAAGAAGUUUGAACUAUGUGCAGGAGGCUUAUGAACUAUUAGAUAUCAAUAGAAGAGAAGAAGAAAGAUGAAAUGUUGAUAUAAAUCCGUGCUAAGAUGUUCUUUGAAUAACAAUAAUGGAGACGUCCUCAUUAUGAAUUCACUCUGAAUGAAUAUCCGACCAUACGGAAGAUAAAGAGUGUCUCGUGGAAUGUGAGUGAAUGUCUGAGGACUUUAAAACGUGAAUACACAAGUCUGCUCGAUGUUCACAAUAAAAUAUCAUUUUCUGAAGAGACCAGCGCCACCACGAGGUUGAUAUCUGUGGUUUUCAGUGAAAUAUCUCAACAACUGUUCGAUAGAUUGUGAUGACAUGUGGUUCAUCAUUCAUGUUCCCCUGAGGAUGAAUUGUAAUAACUUUAUUUAUCCUCUAACUUGUCAUCUAGCGCCACCAUCAGGUCGACUCUUUAAUGUGUCCACUACUUCUGUUUAUGACCAAAUACUUAAGCCUCAGCUGGACUCUGUUUACUGAUAGUUAGCAACAUGCUAACAAGCUAAGCUAAGACAGUGAACACUUUAAACAUUACGUGCUAAACUUCAGCAUGUUAACGCCGUCAUUGUCUGGAUUGUGGAACAUCUACUCCGGUUAAAGAGCUCAAAAGUUUGAGAGAAUAUGGAAUUUAAAAAUAGCCUCGAGCAAAAAUCUAAAUAUAGUUUAAAGUCUGUCACCAUCAGCUGAUCAAUCUUUAAUUUGAUAACAUGUAGAGACAUGUGGGGACAUGUAGGGACAUGUGGAGACAUGUAGGGACAU